CGCAGCAACAGCCCGUGGACUGCAUCCGAACGAUGUGAAGGAAAUUGUCACGGACUUAGCAUUGGUUACUGCAUUGUCAACCAACGACGACGAACGACGCCUCGCGUUUGCAAAUCGCGACGCCGUCUCCAGCAAACGACCGCAAUCCUUCAACCUGUCAUUUCCAGAUUCGACCACCCGGCGGUCGCACCUGAAAGCCCACUGAGACACAUAAUUCCGUUCAUGAUAUCGACAUUCGCUCGGUCUACAUCUUCAUAACGCACCAAAAUAUGGCAGGGAAUUCCCGUCAGCAUCCGGCGGGGGUAGCGCAGGGAAGUCCAACCUCCCCGCCGACCAAGGGCACGGCGAAAUACACCAACAAGGACGGCUCCAAGUUUAUUACAGUACCGAAGACUACUGCCUCCACCGAGUCGCCCCAGCCGUCUCCGCCUGCUGCGCCGUCGUCUACCACCAGCAAAACCCCCUCGCAGCCUAGCUCCGCGGGGCCGACGCAACCCGUGAAUCGGAAGAAGCAGAAGCGGCGCGCCAAGGCAGCGGCUAAAGCUGCUGCUGAGAAGACUCAGGAUCCUCAGCAGGUGAAUGGCUCGCCAAGUUCCCCCAUGUCCCCGACUCAUGGCCUGCCGCCUGUCGAAGCAGACCAAGAGGACAGCGAUGACGAUGACGAGCAUGACUCGGGCCACAAUCUCCACCAUUCCCAUGAAGAUGGCUACUCCGCGCCUGGAUCCAAGGCGAAGAAAUCCAAGAGGAAAAAGAAGAAGAAUGCGGCCCCGUACGGCCAAGACUCUGCUGCUGCCAUCGAUCCUCACGUCCACGGCCCACCACCCGCGGCACACCACAGCUCAGGUAUAUCAAAGGAAAAGAUAUGGAACACAAGUUCUCAGGAGGAACGCGAGCGAAUCAAGGAAUUCUGGCUUGGCCUGGGCGAGGAAGAGCGCAAAUCACUUGUCAAGGUUGAGAAGGACGCGGUUCUGAGGAAGAUGAAGGAGCAGCAAAAGCACACGUGCAGCUGCACCGUCUGUGGCAGGAAGCGGACUGCGAUCGAGGAAGAGCUGGAGGGGCUGUACGACGCAUACUAUGAAGAGUUGGAACAGUUCGCGAACAACCCUAAUAACCAGGGCGAGAGACCUCCCAUGAUGACUCCCCGACAUCUUGGUCCCGUGGGUGGCCUGCAUCCGUCGCGCGGCCCACCGUCGAACUACUCGCAUCAGCCUUCGCAUGGCCGGAUAGUCGAACAUGUUAACGACGAGGACGAGGACGCGGAGGAGGAGGAGGAGGAGGAUGAUGAGGAAUACAGCGAUGACGAGCUCGACGAAGACGAGUAUAGCGACGAAGAGCCUUCUGAGGAGCUCCCUCGCCCCGAUUACGCCACCGACUUUUUCAACUUUGGCAACAGCCUGACCGUGCAGGAGUCGGAACUAUGGCCAUGUCAAUGGCGCUGGCUACGGGCAUAACCAUCCCCCAGCCGAGGAGGAAGAGUAUGAUGAGGACGAGGAAGAUUACGAGGAGGAAGACGAGGAGGAGUACGACAGUCAGGACGAAGAGCAAAAGAACGGCAGCAGAGGCUCCUCGAGGAACUCGAGGAGGAGAGCAGGCAAGAUUCCGAGCGAAAAGCAAAGAAGGCCAAGGAGGCGCAGAAACGCAAGGACAAGGCCGCAAAGAAAAAGGAGGCCCUUGCCGAAGAGAAAGCGCGGAAGGAGGCGGAGAAAGCCGCCGAGUUGGAAGCGCGCCUCGCGGAAGAAGCGCGGAGGGCC